AUGGUAGCAUUUUGUGGUAUUGAAGGUGCUUCCAAUAAUACAAAACUGGUGACAACUUUGAAGGAGUUGGAGCUUCUUGGCACCAACACUACCAUAAUGGUACGCCGACAAUUCCACGUGCACGUGGAAAACACCGAAGUCUUUUUGGGGAAUUCCGCAUUGAUUAAGUGCGCUAUACCGGACUAUGUGCGUGCAUAUGUCAAAGUGGCCAGUUGGCAACGCGGUGAGGAGAUGCUGUUACCGGAUCUGUCGGAUGUUGCUGGCCGCUAUGUUGUCCUAUCGGCGUCUGGAGAUUUGUACAUUCGAGCUGUGCGAACCGAAGAUAGUUUGGUGAAGUAUUCGUGUCUAGUCACCAACACUCUAAAUGGCGAUAGACAGCGCAGUGAGGCUGUUAUGUUGCAGGUCAAAGAGCUUAGCAAAAACUUAGCACCACGAACAACACAAAAACCUGUGAUGGACAUUCAUGUGGAACGUGGCAAUGAUGUACACAUGCCCUGUAACAUACAGGGCAGUCCUUUACCUAUAUUCACAUGGUAUCGUGUAUCGGACUCUUCGGCUUUAUAUCCAAUACCCUCAUCGCAGCGAGUGAUAUUAUCCCGUACAUUGUUGCUUAUCAAAAAUGCUGACGAACGUGAUGCAGGCAAAUGGGUCUGUCAAGCAUCCAAUCAAUUUGGCGAGCAGCGCAUCGAAAUUCGUCUAUUUGUGAACUCAUAUGUCUCCGUUCACAUACUGCCACAAGUUCAAAUUGUCAAUUCAGGCGGAACGGCAAUUUUCAAUUGUUCCACAACGGGUUCGGCAAUCGAUAACAUCGAAUGGCUGCACAAUGGCAAGCCAUUGCAGGAGGACAACAUACUGACGACCGGCAGAGAUAA